CAGUAACAAUUGGAAUUACUGUCGAGAAAAAUAAUGUCUAGCAAUAAUAAUAAGCAACAUUUCAAGGUUUGCUUCUGCUGGUCACGAGGAUUCAAGUUAAGGGGAGGUGAAAUACCAGAAGAUAUAAAGCAAGUCUUUGAAUCUUACUCAGUAAAUGGGAUUAUGAGCAUAGAUAAUCUAAUUAGUUUCUUAGAGAAAGAACAGAAGGAGGUGAAUGUAACAAAAGAGGCCCAAAAUAUAUUCAAUAGCCUCAAGCAUCAUCACAAUAUUGUCCACAAAAGAGGAUUAAAUCUUGAUGCUUUCUUUAAAUAUCUUAUUGGUGAUUAUAACUUUGCUCACCAGUCUAAGGUCCACCAAAAUAUGGAUGCUCCUUUGGCUCAUUAUUAUAUAUACACUGGACAUAACUCUUACUUAACUGGAAACCAGCUGAGCAGUGAUUGUAGUACUGAACCAAUAAAGAAGGCAUUAAAGAAAGGAGUUAGAGUGAUUGAAUUGGACCUUUGGCCUAAUAUUACCAAAGAUGAUAUCGAUGUUCGUCACGGAGGGACACUGACAACUCCUGUUAAACUAAGCAAAUGUCUGAAAGCCAUAAAGGAGGUUGCUUUCUCAAAUUCUGAAUAUCCUGUUAUAUUAACAUUUGAAGACCACCUUCAUCCUUACCCACACCUUCAAAAAAAAGUCGCUCAGAUGGUCAAGAAAACAUUUGGUUCCAUGCUAUUCAUCCCACAAUCACAAAUGGACGAGUUUCCUUCACCAAACUCUUUAAAGAAUAAAAUCUUAAUUUCAACGAAACCACCACCAAAAAGUAGCGCUGAAUCAGACAAUAAGGAGAGGGAUGAAGAGCAGGAUAAGGAGUUCGAAGAAGUUCUCAAAUAUAGAGAUUUGAUAGCAAUCCAUGCCACGAAGCAUAAAGGUGGCAUGGAAAAUUUUGGGAGGCAUGCAAGUUUUGAUAAAGUUGGACGUCUUAGCAUGAAUGAACAAGCCCUUGAAAAAGCUUUAGCUGUCACUGAACAUGGCCAUCAACUAAUUCGAUUUACUCAACGACACAUAUUAAGGGUGUACCCAAAGGGUGCACGUAUUGACUCAUCAAACUAUGAUCCUCUAAUUGCAUGGAUGCGCGGAGCUCAGAUGGUUGCAUUUAACAUGCAGGGAUAUUGUAAGUACCUAUGGAUGAUGCAAGGAUUUUUUCGAGCCAACGGAGGCUGUGGUUAUGUGAAAAAACCAGAAUUUUUACUAAGUCCUGAUGGCGCAUGUCAUGAAGUUUUCAAUUCCAUGGCCUUGCCAGUGAAGACAAUUCUCAAGGUAAAAAUAUUCAUGGGAGAAGGUUGGCGUGUAGACUUCCACUUUAGACACUUUGACUAUUGUUCCCCUCCCGACUUCUAUGCCAGGGUUGGAAUUGUGGGAGUUCCUACUGAUACUAGUAAGAUGUGUAGAACUAGGAUAGUUGACGAUCAAUGGAUACCAAUAUGGAAUGAGAAAUUCGAAUUCCCAAUUCGUGUUCCUGAACUAGCUUUGCUUCGGAUUGAUGUUAAAGAUUAUGACCCCUCUGGAGAAGAUGAAUUUGCAGGACAAACAUGCUUGCCAGUUUCUGAGCUCAGGACUGGGAUUCGAUGCGUUCCAUUGCAUAAGCGCAGAGGAGAUGUCUAUAGAUCUGUAAAACUUCUCAUGCGUUUCGAUUUCAUGAGUCCUUAAACUUCUUAUGGAUUAGAGUUUAUGUUAUGUACAUUAACGAUAGUUAACUAACAAAUAUAUGUAUUUAUUGGUAUCAAUUAGCUUGAUAU